AUGCCAGGUCCAGCCCCAGCUUCAGACGGGCGGCAGAGAGCCUCAGCAGCUUUUUCUCUCAGCUGCCUGUCUUUAGUUUUCUCUGUCACAGCAUUCAGCAGCAGCUACUGGUGCGAGGGGACGAGGAAAGUUGCCAAACCCUUCUGCAAGGGCCAGAGCAAAGGGGAGCGCUGCAUCCGCUUCAACAGCCCCGAUGCCAACAGCAGCAAUGCUGUGCAGUACAUCUGGGAGACAGGAGAUGACAAAUUCAUUGACAGGAGGUUUCACGCUGGCAUUUGGCAUUCCUGUGAAGAAGUGAUAAAUGGAGAGGGUGAGAAAUGCAGAAGUUUCAUCAGCCUGACCCAAGCUGCUGACCGAGGGGUUCUGUGGUUGUCUAUUGUAGCAGAGCUCCUGUACAUCAUUUUGCUUGUGACAGGAGUCAUCCUGAUGUCAGUGGAAAUGUGCUACUGCAGCACUGUCAUCGACGGGCUGAAGCUCAGCGCCUUCUCCGCGCUGCUCACCGUGCUGGCAGGUCUCCUGGGCAUGGUUGCUCACAUGAUGUACACAACUGUUUUCCAAAUGACUGUCAAUCUUGGUCCUGAAGACUGGAGGCCUCACACCUGGGAUUAUGGCUGGUCCUACUGCCUCGCCUGGACUUCCUUCGCUUGCUGCAUGGCUGCUGCUGUCACCACUAUUAAUAAAUACACAAAGACUCUCCUGGAAUUCAAGCACAAAAGAGAAAUGCUGGAAAGAAGUAUAAGGAUUGAAUGCAAUUUUCCUGCUCAGGCAGGUCCAGAGAAAGCUUGCAAUGUCUACGUGAACUCUUUCUGCAGCAGUACAGAGGACCCUGCACGCCCAGUUCAAAGCUUGCGCCACUUGGCCACCAUCUCAGUGCUGUAGGUGAGAGCUGUCCCUCAGGGCACCCUGUAAAUCAUAGUGCUAGAUCAGAAUGGAACAG